AUGAUAAGUGUAAUACUACUAUCCCUAAUUUUGUUUCUUCUGGGUGUGCAGUUCCUGAAAUUGCAAUGGAAAAGUCGUGGAUUUCCUCCUGGACCAAUCCCACUUCCCAUCAUUGGAGGUAUCUGGCGGAUAAAUUUUAGAACUGAUCAUAGGAGCCUGAAGAAGCUAGCAAAAAUCUAUGGCAACAUCUGCACCCUGUGGCUGGGUCACAAACCUAUGGUGGUGCUUUAUGGAUUCAAAGCUGUGAAGGAUGGUCUCACCGUCAACUCAGAGGAUGUUUCUGGGCGACUACAGACCUUUGUAUUCAACAAAUUUUCACGUGGAAGAGGUAUCCUGGUCUCAAAUGGUCUCAUCUGGAAACAUCAGAGACGUUUUGGAAUUGCAACUCUCCGGAAACUUGGAAUGGGGAAUAAAGGAAUGGAACGUGGGAUACAAACCGAGGCCUAUCACUUGGUCAAGUUCUUCAAGGACAAAGAUGGAGAAGCUGUUGACCCUUCAUUCCCCAUUGUUCAUGCUGUCUCUAAUGUGAUCUGUGCUGUGGUCUUUGGACAUCGUUUCUCCCUGCAGGAUGAAACUUUCCGCCAGCUGAUUGAAGCAUACAAUUGUGUAGUGGCUUUUGGGAACAGCUACAGUUACUAUAUAUAUGAAAUUUUCCAAUGGCUUUUAGCAUGCCUUCCGGGACCUCUACAAAAAGUAGAAUCUUGCUGUGAUUUUGUUCGUUCUUUUGUAAGGCAGGAAAUCAAAAACCACAGGGAAAAAGGCACCAUAGAUGAACCAGAAGAUUUCAUUGACUUUUACCUGGAUCAGAUAGAGAAAGCUAACAGUGUCCCAGAUUCUACUUAUGAUGAAGAAAACAUGGUGCAGUCUGUUUUUGAUCUCUUCCUGGGUGGCUCUGAGACCACCGCUACCACUCUGCGUUGGGCACUGCUCUAUAUGGUGGCUUUUCCUGACAUUCAAGAAAAAGUCCAGAAAGAGCUGGAUGUCGUUCUGGGUUCUUCUCAUCAAAUCUGCUAUGAGGAUCGGAAGAAACUGCCUUAUACAAAUGCCGUGGUUCAUGAGAUCAUUCGCUUUAGUAGCAUUAUUUUAAUCACAAUUCCUAGAGAAGUAGUGAAAGAUACAACUGUGUUGGGGUAUCACCUUCCAAAGGGUACUGUGGUUAUGGCAAAUAUAGAUUCAACUCUUUUUGACCCUGAAUACUGGGAGACCCCUUACCAGUUCAACCCUGGUCAUUUCUUGGACAAGGAUGGCAAUUUUGUGACCCGAGAGGCCUUCUUAGCCUUCUCAGCAGGACACCGUGUAUGCCUGGGAGAGGUGCUGGCGAAGAUGGAGCUCUUCAUCAUCUUCUGCAGCCUACUGCAGACAUUCAAGUUCACCCUACCAGAAGGAGUUAAGGAAGUCAACAUGGACAUUAUCUUUGGGAGCACAAUGAAACCCCAUCCAUAUAAGCUCUGUGCCAAUCUUCGCUAGGUUGCAGUGUAUGACAGAUUUGAGGAAGAGGCACUGACACAGGCUUGCUAGUGCACCUCUUAUGUUCUUCAUUUCUAGCCCAGAUUCAGUGUCAGUCUGUUCCUGUUGUGUCACGUGUCUAAGAAGCUGGUCCUUAAAAAUAUUCUGUUUUUCCUUUUCCCUGUGUCUGGAAAAUCUAUGUAUGUUUUUCUUGUGUAUUAGAAAUGAAAUAAACACACAGAAAGUGGUU